AUGGUGGAAACGAAGACCAGCACAUCGUCUAAUUCGCCAGGCUCAACAAGCAAACCCAGUGGAGGGCGGCACCGCGUCAUUUCGUCAUGCUUGACGUGUCGACGCAGGAAGGUCAAGUGUGAUCAUGUUCAUCCAGUCUGUGGUUCCUGUACGCGAGGAAACCAUGUGUGUACCUGGACAGAUCAGAUAGCGGCUUCCACCGCCACUGGAAGGAUUUCGAAACCUACAGCCACGAACAACAAUGGAAAGAUCGGAAAAGGCAGUGACGUGCAAGCUCGCUUAGACAGAUUGGAGUAUCUCUUAGAGAAAGCCGUUGCAGGACAGGGGGCAAAGCCCACGGGAUCCGUACGAUCCAGUGUUGAUUUCGAUAGGAAAGAGGCGGAAGCACUAACCCCAUCAUCGAAUAGCCAAACUUCACAUGGAGGAGGAAUAGCUUCCGAUGGCGGAGAUGGAACACUGUUGUUGAAUGAUGGACAGUCUCAAUUUGUUUCGUCUUUGCAUUUCGCAUUGCUCGCUGAUGAGAUACAAGACAUCAAGGCUUUGCUUGGCGACAAAACCGAUGAAGAGAGAAAGGAAGUACCACAAAGCAGUCUGGUUGAUCUGCUCUCCCUGGGUCGUGCAGGAGCAGGAUCAGAUCUGGAAAACCUAUUGCCCAGCACCCAAGAGCAUCGUGAUACGCUCCUCGACGUCUAUUUCGCAAACGUAGACCCGAUGGUUAGGAUCACACAUAGACCAACAGUGCUCCGCAAGUUUUCCACCUACAACAACGAAGCACAUCCUCUCGCAUAUGCCAUCUACUUCUCUGCUAUCAACUCGCUACCCCCUAAGGUAGUACACAACAAGUUUGGCGAGACUAAGGAAUCGCUUCUCGAUCGAUUUCAGUUGGGUGUUGAAAUCUCGCUGGCCCGGGAAAACUAUCUCACGACAUCAAGUCUGGAGAUCUUCCAGGGUUUCGUACUGUGGUUAACUUGUAUUACCAGGGAAGAGGACAUGGGCAAAGCGUGGGUUUUGAUAGGUAUUGCAUUUCGCAUCGCUCUGAACCAGGGUCUGCACCGAGAUCCGUCUUUGUUCCCAACCGGUUCUAUGGACGCCUUAACUAUCGAACUACGUCGUCGUAUGUGGCAUCAGCUAGGCCACUUGGAGUUCCGGGCCGCAGAAUGUAAGGGGCAGGAACCGAGCAUCACCGAAGACUUCUACACUACGCUAUUGCCACGUAAUAUCGAUGAUGAAGACCUGGUAGAUGGCGCAAGCCCUGGUCCGGCCCCAUAUAACGAACAAAAGUUCACAUCCAUGUCGUUUCAACUAGUCAGAUUCAACGGCAUGCGAGCCCUACGACGCAUAAUCCAGAGUACUUACCGCCUCGAAAGACGUAUGCUCGACUCUGGGCUCCAUGGAACAUCCCGUCCUGAUCCUGCACAAGAGCUUAGAGAUCUCUACGAACAGAUCAAGGUCAUGCUUGACGAAGUUCAUGAAGAGAACCAACGAAAAUUCCUGCAAUAUCUAACCCCGGAGGUACCAAUGGAGAGGCUGACAUUGGGACUGGCUUCGCUUUUGGAGUGGCGCGCUUACCUGCUGUUCUGGCUUAGAAUGCCGCGUGCUUAUCGUGAUGUAGUCUUCUCGGAUGAGAUUCGCCGGUCGAUCUUCGAGAAAUCAGUCAACUGUGUAGAGACACUAAAUGGAGCAGCAGCGGAUGUUGACGCCGCUCGCUUUCAAUGGCACAUUGGUGGGAUUGCUUCCUUCCAGGCUAUCAUGCACAUCCUAUCGGAACUUCGCAACCCUCUCUUCGACGCACCGGACCGGCAACGCGCGCUUAGAGCUCUACAGAUGUCUCGAAUACUUCGAGAAAACAACAGUGCCAAAGCAUGGCAAGCUGUGAAGAACAUGAUCGACAAGGCUGUAUCCGAACAUAAUCUCUCCCCAAGGAGCACGUCGCAGCCUACGGGCCACUACAUCAAUCCACCAAUGGUGCCAUCCAUAUCCGUGCCGAUGAACAAUGCAUCGAGCAGUAACACGAGCGUAUAUCCGGCGAUGCAAGCUAUUCCAAGCUACGCCUUCCAAAACUCGUCUGCGACCUUUGACCGGCAGCCUAUCUCAGGACGUUCUCAACCUCAAGCAAUGGCGACUGAGCCAGACUUACUGCAAUCAAUGCAGUCCAUCCAGGAUCGUGCACCAUGCUGGGAUGAUAUAAACCUUAGCAACAUUAACAACAUCGUAGGCGAUGUACAAGCUAACACAGAUGUAAUCCCCGACUUCGACUUUGGAUUCUGGGGCGACCCUUUCAACUACGAGAACGAGCCUGCUGCAAUGCCGUUACAAGACGGCUACUUUCCUCAGUGGCUUGGAUGA